GAAGUGACAGAGCGGAAUACCACGUGUCUCGUUUGCGCAUGAUCGUACGCAUAGUUCAUGUGUUUCUCGUUUCUACACAAAAACACUACGCCAUUGCAUCACAUAUAUAUAGCGUAGCGCGAGCAUAGCGUAGCUCUCAGUCUCAGCGCAAUUAUUAUGCCGUUGUUCGUUGCUCGUGCCGUGACAUAACAGUGUUCGUUGAAGAAGGAAACCUCGUGCCGCACAUCGCAAAAGGCCACCGAUGCGUCAUCGCGUUCCGAGAGGAACGUAGCUCGAGGAAGAAGAAGAGAACGAGGGAGAAACGUCACGCGGACGCGCUGGUAUUGCGAGUCGGAGGUCCCGAAUCCCGAGGUCCCGACCAGCUGAUUCGGAUUCGGAGCGGCACCAUCUUGCGCUCCCGGGCUCACGAAGACGCGUGAGUGAACAUUGUCGUUGUCAUUGACAAUGACAGUGCCGACGAUGCCGACCACGAUGCACGAAUCGGAGUAUUAUUCUUUUUAUGUAAAGGAAACAGCGGAUAGCAAGUCCGGCGGCAAUAUCACCUUUUCGCGCCUGCCUAACUUGGACUUGAAGUUGCUGCGGACAGAGCUGAGAAAGCUAUUUGGAGUGCCAGAGAAUAGACGCAUUUUCUACAUCGACGAUGACGGAGACAAUGUUCCGAUCGAUUCAGAAUGCGAGUUUCAUGAGGCAUUGAAGCUUGCAAGAAAUUCUUUCGAGAUGAACAAUGCAAUUCCAUUGAUCGUGGGUUCUUUUAACGGGUCAGACGACGAACAAUCCUCUUGUAUGCACGAGAACCGUUGUUCGGACAAAGAACAAUUAAAGAAUGUCGAUGUCAAAUCGACAUGGAAGGCGAAUUCAUGGAAUAACAGAAGAUCUUUUAUUUACUCUGACCCUCGAAUAAGGAAACCAUAUUCUAUCCAAGGACCAGGUACACUUUCCAAAGAGACCAUAAACUUCUCAAAGAGAAGAAUGGACCUUGAAUACGACGAACAAAGGCUUACAAACUGUAAAAUGUCGUCGAAUCAAAAGAAAUUAGAUGCAAAACAAUAUAACGAAUCAAACGAGAUAAAAGUUCGACGAAUGGACGAACAAACGGAAUCGAAGGAUGUGGAUGUUCAAGGGGAAUUGAACGCUUCGUUACAGCACUGUUCGGAUGCUUUGCCUCCUCUGUGGUUUACAAAAUACAUGGAAUCGAUGAAGAAAGACAUGGUGUCCACAAUUACCAAUGAAGUGGUGGAAAACGUAACAAAGGCGCUGACCGAACGCUUGGAUUCCCUUGUGUUUUCGCCGUUUAAGAAUCAAUCUGGAAGUCAGUAUUCUUCUCUCGCAACACGACAUCCUCAAUGCUCGGACUCAAACGAGGAGAACCAGAAGAAGAUAAGAUCUCAGGACAAGGAACAGUUGAGUGACGUGUCGAUCGAACGCGCGGAUGAAUCGAGAAACGAGAACACCAUGAAAAAUAUACAGAUGAAGAAAGAUGUGAUAUCCACAAUUACCAAUGAAGUGGUGAAAGAGGUGACGGAAUUGCUGGACAAAAUUCCUGCGGAUCCUCUUACAUCUAUCCCGUGUAAAGAUCCUUUCCGAAACCAAUUUCUUUCGCAUUUUCCUUCCUCGACACGACUUUCCCAAAAUUCUUUCGAUUCGUAUUUGAGUGAGAAGAACCAAAAAACAAUAAAACUUCAGGAUAGGGAGCAGUCGAAUGAUAGUAUCUCAACCGUGAGAGUGGACGAAUCGUCGUGGUAUUCGAAAAUUCUAGAUAAUUCCACGCGACUGCUGCAAAGGAGACUUGACCUUAUCGAGGACGCGAUUCGUGCGAACGCCGAGAAGGAAAAAAAGAAGAGGCAAGAUCAGCAAAUCGCUCAAGCGAUCGUUGAGUUGAGCGGCGACAUCGGGAGAGAAAAGGAGCAAUCCGUUCGGAACAACACGCGAGAGGAUCUCACUUCUCGGAAGAAUCUGCCUCUGCAGAUGGAUUCGAAAGUGUCCAACGACACAGUUUAUUUGGACAUGUUUAAACUGGUGGAAAACGAGUUCCGUAUGAACUGCUCUGUCACAGGGCAUCAAAUGUUGAAUGAGGGUCUCCUUAAUAGAGACACAUUAGUCUGCGACACAUUCGAUAACAAGUUAUUGAAAACCGAGAAGGAUGUACAAGAGAUGUUAUCGAACAACUUGACCAGUUCCUGGUCGUGCAAUCAGGAGCAGAAGGAAGAGAAGGAAAAGGAAGAAGAUGAUGACACUUUCGAGAUUAUCCAUAUACCUGCUUUUAAUGAAGAUCUAUCUAUUAUCAUCGAACAACGGCACCACGACAGCAAUCGAGAUUCGCCCAGCUUCGAACUACUUUCAGAGCCGCCCUCGCCGCCAUGUUCUAUACACUUGAACGAAGACCACUUCUCGGCAAACGAAGAAAAGCUUGAACAGCAGUCUAUGGAAACAAAUCCAACGAACUCUGUCUAUGUGAUGGACGUCCAUGGCAAGAUCUUUAAUGACGAACAUCAGAUGAUGAAUCCCGAUGAAUGCAUCAGUGUUGACUGGGACUUGGACUUGGAAAAACAACCCAAUGUUACGCAUCAAUGUUUUUUCGCAAAGGAUGAUCUCUUGACGGAGGAUGAAGACGAGGCUUGUUCUUCGAAGUCACCAUGUGCGGAGCAUUGGUCGAAUGAGCGAAAAAGCCCUCAAGACGACGUGAACGGUUCGUACGAUGACGUGAGAAACUCGCACGCAAGCUAUCUAACUGUGCAAACUCACUGCGAUUCGAAGACGCAGUCGCAGUGUAACUGCGAGUCACAGACCGACUUGGGUGACUUUACACAAAGCUUCCACUCGCAUACUACGUCGGUGACCGACGACACUACUGAUGUAUAUGUUCAUACUUAUGUCAACGGUAUGCAUGAUGAGCCGGUGAUAUCGACAACCAAGGAUGUACGAGAGGCGACAACAACGGCAACAGUGCCUCCGAAAAACAACCACGAUGUACGAGUGGACGGUGGUUGGACAAAAGAAACUAGAACAAACCAGAAUCAUCGCUACAAAUGUCCAAACAACUAUCCAGAAUACUCAUGCGCACCGAACAACAAUUGUUCCUGUUUGCAAGAUCCUUCUUUCGGUGCUUCAUAUCAGUCCUAUCACCUGAACAGAUCCUCUGACAGAUCGUGUUCCAACAUAGGGUCGAGAAAGGCCGUAUCGUCUGCUAGAGAGCAGGCGCUGAUGCGCGCCGCCUCUGUUCAUAUGCUGCCGGAGACGCUGGUCAGCGCAGCCGCGCAGGUCGGUUCAUUCGCUUUCGACACCGCGCGUGAAAUGUUCGACAAGCUACGUGCACAUACGAAGGAGGAUUCUCUUAAACGCCACAGCGAAGUAAAGUGUGAGAAUAAAAAGCCCUUCCCCGUCGGCCAUCUGCCGUUCUAACGGCAAACCUCUUUCUAACUAACGAACCUCUAAUCACGAGCCUUUGUUAGAGUUAAUACACUAAGCGCUAUAUAAGAUUGCUAAAUGAAUUCUUUGUUAGGCAGUGGAUAAAUAAUGCGGAUCGCAACCCGCGAGCGCGAAAUUGUUUUCUGCAGGUACUUGAAGCACGGUAUAUGUAUAUGGAAUGGCGCUCUAGUCGUUUAUAUCACAUUUAAGGGUUUCGUAGUUUAUGCGAUGAAUAAAAUCGAAUUUCGUACGUCGAUAAUUGACUUACCGAGAGAUGUCGAAUGUACGGGAUGUUCCAUUGUUAAUGAAAAAAGAUAUUUCACGAUAACUGAAUCGAUAGAACGAGGAUUUCGACAGAAACGGUAAGGGUAUUGGAACACAUUCUGUGUAUACGAGUAAUUCUUAAUUGCGCGCGAUAAAUAGGAAUCUUGAAAAACAUCUCAAAAACGAAGUUUUUUUAUGGAUAAUCAUGUUUUAAUUUAUCGCGUGAAAUUAAGUGUCACUGUAUAUGUGAUGGUACUCAUUAGUAAUGGUUUACGCUAUAUCAUAGAAUGUCAAAACUGAUCGUAGUUGUUUUUAGAAUUAAGGAACGACUUAAACGUUAAAUGAAAAUGAAAUGAUGGAAGCAAUGAGAGAAGAAAAAAUAGUUUUGAGUCGGCAGGAAGUAAGGGUGGAUUUUUAAAGGAGAAUUCUUCCGUGUUGUAUGGCUAUUUGAGGCAGAUAGAGUCCUAGAUUAUCAAGGACUCUAGAGGCAAAUUGACGAGGCGAACAUCACUUCCGUUUGUUUUUUUCGAUAAGAAAUGAAAUACGGUACGGUUUCCAGAAAUUUGAUUUUCAAUGAUAAAAGUGCGCGAAAAAAUGAUCUGAUCUCAAAAUUUCAUUUACUCGCAAAUAACCAUAAGAAUAAUUAUCGUAUAUAUUUGAUGCCCGAAAUUAUAUAUUGGUAUCAAUCUUGAAAUGAAAGGGCGGAAUAUACAUUAUUUAAGGCUGAAUUGUCCUUGUUGGCCUACGCGGAUGAUUUUGCAAGCGCAGGGAUAGUUGCUAUUCAAUUCUUGAUAAACGCAUUACCCUGCAUAUCGAGGUUUGGCAGGAGAAUUGUUGCCUGACGACAGCCUUUUUGAUCCAGAAAAUCAAUCGAGAUUGUUACUUUUCCGCAGUAUGUGCGUUUCGCGAGACGAUGUACGUUCGAUGAUAAGAAUUCAGCGAAACUGAAUAUUUACGCGAUUUAUUGCACUCUCGAGAUUAUCGAAUCACAUGACACACGCAUUGUUGUUUCGCUAGAGCUUGUGAAAACUUAGCCGGAUUUGUAGAAAUAAAUGUUAUAGACACA